UGGAAGGCUGUAAAUUGUGUUUCUCAGCAGCGGAGAGGUUUCCUGGAGGGGGGGAGGUUCGUGCACAAAUCGAUUGGAAAUGUCCGAUUCCCACAACCGGAGCCAAGCCAGCGCGCGUCGCAGUGACUACGUGUGGCAGUAUGAAUACUACGACGACGAGGAGCCCGUUUCUUUUGAGGGACUCAGAGCGCACAGAUACUCCAUCGUUAUCGGCUUCUGGGUCGGACUGGCGGUGUUUGUCAUUUUCAUGUUCUUUGUCCUCACGCUGCUCACAAAGACGGGAGCGCCACAUCAAGAAAACCAGGACUCCGCUGAAAAGCACCAUCGACCGGGGAGCUGUCUGGUAGACAUCGACGGUCACCAGGACGAAAACGACAAGGCCUUCUCUCGUCCGCUGCUGGCCGGGUCACGCUCGUAUUUUAAUUUCUACAUCAAUGAGGACGACCAGGGUCAGGGGAAGCCAAAAAACGAAGACAAGAGAGCCGGGAAGCAUAACGGAGCCCAGCAGGGAAACUGCAACAGGCCCGGAGGCGUGGACGAGAUGGAGGAGGACGUUGAGGAAGCUGUCGGACGCCAGCAUCUCAAUGGAUUAAUAGAGGAGUGUAAGACAGACAGAGAGUGUGCCUUCCUGUCUCACUUCAACAUCCCGAACUUUGUGAGCCUGGAUCACAACUCGGCGCUCGGAGAGGACGACCUGCUGUACGAGCCGUCCGUCGUCCUGGAGCGCCAGUCUCAGUCUCACGGUUCUCACUGUGACGUCCGCUAAGGAUGUUUCUGCAAACAACAACAAAACAGGCUUGGAUAUAGUGGUAUUGUACUGUCAUUUGCUUUCCAUUCAGAGGGCCAGCUGUGGCCAGACCGGGGGGAGAUACACUCAUCUGCUACACAAUUAUAUUUGAACAAGCAUACGGUCAUAUCAACAAGGAGAAAGGUACAAAGCAAAAGCCCACAACCCUAUUCUAAGUGCAACUCCAAGUUAGAAGAUGAGAUUCCCUCCUGCACAUACAAACGCCUCGGUAACAGUAUGUUACUCUGAGCACUUGGCUCUUCAAUUAGGUGAAGCUGUGCCGUUCUGGACCAGAACCAUCCACAUCUGAGAAAAACGAAAGAGCAGCGGGGUCGCCAGCGGGAGGUGCUUCGUUCAGUUCGUUCCGCUGUUAUUGCCGUCUUGUUUCCUGUUUUUUUGUUUUUUUCGUGGAUCCCUGGACGUUAUCUCUACAACAAGGCGUGGAUGCCAGUUGGUCAACCAGCGAGACUCUUUUUCUUUUUCUUCUUAGUUCUAAAAUUAAGCGCUUUCUCGUAGAAACGGUGAAGUGUACGUCAACUGUGUCGUUAGUAGCACAAAAUCAAACAUAUCAUUGUUCUUUAACGGGGGGUAGGGAACCCGAGACCCGGGGCGACGAUAUGACGUGAUACUUUUGUAGUCCUGUUAAACUUACACGAUGCUGAAUGUCGAUUGUCCAAAUAAAGCCGAAAUGGUUUUUGAAAUCAA